CUUCAUUCGGUUCACAACUCUCUCUCUCUCUCUCUCUCUCUCUCAGAAUAGUAAACGAAGGAGAAGAUGUGGGCAAGUGCAGAAGGAGGAGCACCGGAGGUGACCCUAGAAACUUCCAUGGGAUCUUUCACAGUCGAGAUGUACUACAAGCACGCGCCCAGAACUUGCAGAAACUUCAUCGAGCUCUCUCGCAGAGGUUAUUACGAUAAUGUUAAGUUCCAUCGUAUCAUCAAGGAUUUUAUGGUGCAAGGUGGAGAUCCCACUGGGACAGGAAGGGGCGGUGAAUCCAUCUAUGGUGCAAACUUUGAGGAUGAGACAACACCAAAGUUAAAGCAUACUGGAGCUGGUAUUAUUUCCAUGGCCAAUGCUGGUCCAAAUACAAAUGGAAGCCAGUUCUUCAUUACCUUGGCACCGGCACCAUCACUGGAUGGAAAACACACUAUAUUUGGACGAGUAUGUAGAGGAAUGGAAAUUAUCAAGAGACUUGGGAGUGUUCAAACAGACAAUACUGAUAGACCAAUCCAUGAUGUCAAGAUACUGAGAACAACAGUCAAAGAUUGAGACAUCUCACAUCGUCCACAAUGCUGAUUGAAGUUUGUAGUGGCUGUAGGAGGCAAAUCUUGUAUUUUCAAAAAGGCUAUUCUUCAGGGGAAGAUUGCUGGCAUCUUGUAUCAUUUAUCCUGUGGCUUCUCUCGGCCUAAAAGUGGCAGUGGCAGUGGCAGAUGUUCAUGAUAUGGAUUUAUUUUUACAAUUAGUCACAGUUACUUAAAAGUUACAAUAUUUAUUCUUUGCAACAAAAUUUUCUGCCUCAUCACUCGUUUUUUUCCCAAUUCCUUUCUGUGACUAGAUGGAAGAAUCGCAUCCGAUAAUCUCGUCUCAAUUACAGAUA